AUGAAUAGAACAUCAGAAUUUUUCACAUAUCUAUCUCAAGAGAGGCCAAAAAAUGCUCAAAACAAUAGGUCAUUAAGAUCUAAAUCUAAAUUUUUCGAAUUUGCUGAUAGUAUUAGUACUCAAAUCACCGAAACUUCAUUAAUUUGUCAAAGGCUCGAUAACUUGAUAUCUGGAGAUAAUGUUCUUGGUGAAAAUGAUAGAGAAAUAGUUGAAUUAAUGAAUAAACUUCAAAAUGACAUACAACAAAUAAACAAAAAGAUUGAUUCGAUGCAAAGCAUGCAAAAAGAAGCUCCACAAGCACCAAUAGUAGCACAACAACUUAGAAAAUCGCUUUAUGAUAUAAAUACGCAAUUCCAAAGUAUUGUUGAUAAAAGAGCCCAAAUUAUGAAAGAAAACAUGAGUAGAAGAAGUCGAUAUGGUGGAUACACACACUCUCAACAGGUUUAUAAUACAUCUUAUAACGAUGAUGACGAAAUAGAAAUUCCAAUUAACCAAAUGCAGUUCGAACAACAAAAUUUAAACGAGAGAUAUGGUUUGGUUAAAGAUGUUGAAUCAUCUAUUACUUCAAUUGUUGAAAUGAUGACAAGAUUAUCAACAAUGAUUGCUGAUCAAGAUACAUCUAUUAUUAGAAUCGAUGAAAAUACUAUGGAAGCCUUAACAAAUAUGAAAGCAGGUGAAUCGGAACUUAUGAAAUACAAAGAUAAAGUUAUGAAAAAUAAAUGGUUCAUCUUGAAGAUAUUUAUUGUCUUGUUCAUUUUCGCUCUUAUUUUUAUCCUUAUUGUAUAA